UCUCGUACGAAGGAGACACUUUUUCUUAUUCGGUAGCGCGCUUGCACGUACUUCUUUCCCGCGACAUUUUGUCUCCCUCCUUUUCUUUCAUUUCCAAAUCGAAGGAUCGCAAACGACACGUGGAAUAGGCAUCGAUGAUCGAUCGAUGAUAUACUCGCCUCGAUGCGGAUACUAUUAGCCACGGUGCGGAAAAUGUGGCCACGAUGUCGGCGCUCAAGGCAUCGCCGAUACUUCCACGGGGCGAGGAGAACGGCGCCAGGCCGAAAGGCAAAAUUUCCAAGUGUUUGAGCGGAAAGUGUCAAGAAUCGGAUCCCCCCCCCUCGCCGGCCAAGUCCUCGCGCUCGCCGUCCGCGUCCCCCCGUCGGGCCCCGUCCCAAAAUCCUCUCCUCGGUGCGGAAACGUCGUGCAAGAAGUCGGUGAGAAAGUGUUGGCAGGAGGAGCAACGAAACCAGGCGACGUGCCAUCGUUACCUCGCCCCCGCCAAACGUUCGCCGAGAAGAUACGUGUCGGUGUUGGAACAAGAUUUCUCGCAGGACGAGAUGGGUGUUCUCCGUGUCUCGGGCAGCAAUUGCGGCAGCGACGAGGCCGAGAUGUCGUUUCUAGAGUUCGAGUCGCUCUACACGUUGGAGAAGGAGCUGAUGCGUGAUGUGGGUCAAGUGGUGGACGACAAGUGCGCGUUCGGCGGUUGGUUGGGCGGUAGACGGGGUCUGUACACCGAGCUGCCCGAUCCACUCUAUUGCCAGCGACCGUUAGCGAUCGCAGCGCCAUCGUCGCGGAUCCCCACCGAAGGAUUCAGUUUCGCACCUGGCUGGUCCCUGAGCGUGGAACACUUUUAUCGGUGGCAGCAUCGAGGGAGGACCACGCACCAGAUCUAUACCGAUUGGGCGAAUUAUUAUUUGGAGAGAGGCGGUUGCAAGAGAAGAGUGGCAGACCUGCAAACGGAUCUUUGCGACGGUGUUCUUCUUGCCGACCUGGUCGAGGCAGUCACCAAUCAAAAGGUGAUCGACGUGAAUAGGAAACCGAAGAACUCGCAACAAAUGGUCGAGAACGUGAGCCUGUGCGUAGGAGCGCUCCGAGCUCUUGGGGCGGACGUGGGCUCCGUGAAUCCUAGCGAAUUGGCUGCAGGAUCAACCCUCUGGCCGGUCCUCGCCCUACUUUUCGCCCUCUCACGAUACAAGCAGAGAGCCAAACAACUUCAAGACAUGCCUAGAUUGCCGUCACCGUACAACAAGCAGUCGGCAGUCGGGGGUGCAGGUGGUGGUCCUGGCGCUGGAACCACGAGUAUACCCUUGCCAGCCACCGUAGCUGCAACCAGAAGGUGUCCCCCGGACAAGGUUAGGCCGGCUCCUACGCCCACGCACCAAUCGCAACUCGGUGGUUUGAAGCACGGAAACGGCGGCAUAGGCAGCGCGAGCAGUUCCAGAAGCACGAGUCCGAGUCAACAACAACAAUCGCCCCAAACCGGACUCUCCUUCAUUCCCCAACCGAGAAAUCAAAAUUCGACCAACAGACAACCCUCCACCACCACCCCGAGCCCCCGAGCCUCGACGGUGGGCAAGCCCGGGGGUGUGAGGGGCGGCCAAUCCUACGCGCCCCCGCAGCAGAACAAGAACUCGGUGCUGGACAAGUUCAAGCUCUUCAACAACAAGGAGAAGAACCAGGACCGGGGCAAGGCCUCGUCCGGCGUCUCGAAGCGCACCUCGAGCUCGUCCGGCUUCUCCUCGGCCAGGUCCGAGCACUCGGACAGCUCGACGUCCCUCUGCGACCAGAGCAAGCUUCAGGUCGAGUCGCCCAAGAGCCGCGCGCUCAAGUCCAAGUUGCAGUCGGCGAGCAAGGGGGGCAAACAGGCGAGCCCGAAGACCGGGAGGAAGGAGCAGGGCGGCAAGGGGCAGAGCAAGAUAGCGCGGACGAAGGGGGGGGCGGCCGAUAAGUUGCUCGUGUACGCGGCCCCGCCCCUCGAGGAUGUCAAGCCGAGCGGCAAGAUCGCCGCCUCGGGGACCAAGAUGCCCCCCUCCGUCGAGAGCAAGAAAUCCUCGAAUCUGCACGAUUUGCUGAAACAACAACAGCAACAACAACAACAACAGCAGCAGCAGCAGCAACAACAACAACAGCAGUCGAGCGGUGUCGGCCAAGCUUUGCAAAAGGCGAAUCCGUCCGUGUUGUUGCCUAAACAGGUCGCAGGAGGGCAGCAGCAGCAAGAGGCCGGUGGGAAGAAUCAGUCGGGCGCGAGGAACGAAAAUCUGGCAACGUCGAGGCAGCAACCGAUCGCCAGGCCUAGGAUGGAGCUGCCUGCCAAGUUGGACGCGGCGAAGAUCAUCCAUCCUCAAAACGCGAAGGUGAAUCCGCCGCCGAACGGGUUGAACAAAGACAUCCUCGCCCAAAAAGGUUUACUGUUGAGCAACGGGAUGAUGAAGCAGCAGGAACAGGAGGAGGAGGGGGGGCUCACCGAGGAGAAUAAUUCGACGAUCGAGCGCACUUUGAACCAGGCUAACCUGUGCGAGCAGGAGAGGAAACGGAAGGAGAUCGGCGCGGAUCGCGACGAUCAAACGUUGGACGGGAAGCAAGUGGCGUGUUUGAAGGGGGGGCGGGUGGAGGUGCACGAGCUCGAGGGGAGCGGAAGGCAAACGCCGUCCUCCUUCCUCCCUCGCAACCCGACGGACGCGAACGACGCGAAGAUGACGAGCGUUCAAGAAGCGACCACGAUUGGCCCGAUCGCUGCCCCUCCUUGCCACGUCGAGCAACAGCAGCAACAUCACGCGGUGAAUUUUGGCAAACCGCACUCGAUGGCGGGGAGCGGGCCGUUGCAAGGCUCGAGCUUGAUCGGUUCCGGGAGUCCGGGUUCCAGCAUUCCGAAGCCCACGGCCUUGGUGAAAGGCACCUCGAAACCGCCGAAGGAAAACAGCGUGCCGGGCGUACCGACGCCCACGAAAUUAAAAGCAGACGCUUUGCACCGCAAGCUCGACCCGAAUACGGUCGCGAUGGUCUCCCCGAUGCCGAGCAUAUCCGAUCUAAUGUCGGAGAGUUCGCACAGCAAUUCGAACAGCACGGGCCAGAGCAAUUCAAGCGACAGCAGCGUUAUUUACAGGCCGAGCAGCGAGAGCGGGAGCGAGAUAAAAACUAUACCGAACAGAAAAAUCGAUACCACGUUCGAGCAAAUGGAGAAGGUUUUGUCCGAGAGUUCAACGUGCGGAGGAGGAGGAGGAGGGGGCGACGACGAAGCGGAGAUGACGGUGAAGCCCAUGCAACCUCUGCUCCGCGGUUACACGCCUGGCGCGAGGGCCCUUCAGACCCUGCCCAGCAGAACGAACGCGCGACAGUACACGAUCCUUCAUUCCUCGUCCCAUCAUCAUGUCGGUCACGAUUACGCGGACAUCGACGUCGCCUCCGGUUAUCUGAGCGACGGGGAGGUUCUUCGCGGUGGCAUGACCGUCGGUAGCAGGACUCUGUCCGACUUGUGCGACGGUUACAUGUCCGAGGGCGGUGCUUCGUUGUACGCGCGUAGAAUCAAUCCGUCUUACGGUCAUGAUCACGAGAGAUACGUGGGCGGUUCGAGGCGAGAGUUGUCAGGGGUGAAGGAACUGGUGACCUCGAGGAGGGUGCAGAAGAGGCCCUCGGCGAACGUCGUAAGGUCGGAUGGAGGUUGCAUCGGGAGCAGUCCAGGGAACGGCGGUGUGAUCGCGGCCGGCUUGCUGGGCGGGUGCAGCGGCGGCAACGACGCCUUAGCCGAGUUAACCAUCGAGGACCUGGCAUCUAUUCCCGCCGGAAAUCACACCUCCGCCAAUCACACAGGCCAUUCCUCUCAUCACAAGAGGGUGCCGGGGGGUGGAGGCGUGAUCGUGGGGGGUGGCGGUAAUUCGGCCACCCCCCAAGGCGCGCAGCAGGGCAGCAACCUGGUGUACCGCGUGGUGAGCUCGAGGCAUCCCGGAAGCGGGCAUCACCCGCACGUGAAGAAGUCGGAUAGCUCUCAGCAGACGGACAACUCGGCGUUCAAGCAUCAGCAGCAACCGGGUUUGAACAGCAGCAGCUCGGCGGCGAACAGCAGCUCGAACAGCCAGCAAUGGAAAAAAUAUAUCGAGGCUGGAGCCGCGAGGGAUCGGGAGAGAGACAAGGAGGGGGCCCCUCCGAGUCCUAGUCCCUCCAGGCGAUCUCAGGACAAACAUCGGAAACAGGCCAUGGCUGAAUAUGCGAACGGCGAAAAACCGCAGAAAGUUUCAUCGGGAACGUCGACCAGCGGCGGCAGCGGGAAAGUGAGGGGCGUGCCACAAAGUUUCGGUUACGUGAAGAGGCACAGCGCAGGCACGAGCCCGAGUCCAAACGGUGUUCAAAAUGGUGGCAAGGAUUCGACGAGAACCGCCCAAGUCAGCGCUGUUCCAAGGACCAAGGUCAAAGUAUCGGGCGGCACGCAAACGUGUACCACGGAGCUUCAAGCCAAUUCCUCGACGCCUAACCAGGGCCACCAUUACAAGAGCUACAGCCUCACCGGGCCGAGCGCCAGCCAACUGUCCCAAUCGGUGCGCGAUCGGCUUAUGCUCGGCUCGCAGAGUCUGCCCAAGCCUGGAAGCCCUGAAUUCACAGCGUUGUUCGCGUCUGCGCAUCACCGCGAGCGGGGAGGGUCGGGCGCGGGGCCUACCGCCACCUCUUUUUCGCCACGGGUGCUCAAACCGUCUGAUGGAAGUCUAAGCGACACGUGCAGUAAUUACGCGGCCCCUGAUCUCCAAGGAUAUUACACUCCCAACAGCCCGUACACAACGUCUUGGAUGAGACACAGCAACACGUACACGCCCAGCGGUCGUUCUCAAGGAAUGGGAUUGUGCGAAGCGGACAGCGUAGAGUCGUUGGGCUCGCAUCGGGCAAGUUUGACGCAUGCUCGUUUGUUGAUACAUCAAAGAGACUCGACGGGAUCCCCAGCCCCGCCGCGGCUCAACAGAAGCAAUUCCAUAAGCCAUCUGCGGGACAGGACAUUCCCAAGAUCCACGAAAAGUGAAAAAAUGUAUCCGUCAAUGUUAGUUAGAGGAAGUGGUGCCUCAUCCUCCGUCGGCGAGGAAGUCGGAGUCGGGAUAGGGAUGAGCGUAGGCGUUGAACCGUAUUACAGUGUUCCCGUAGGAUCUACCGGGUGUACCGGCCAACACUGGUCUCAACCGACCUCUCCGACGCCCACGCACACUUCUCGCCAACCGCCCAAUCUUUACCAACACGUGCACAAGGAUGAUGAUAGUAAGUUUCCGUUUCAAAUAGAUAAUCCCUUCCUUUCUUUCUUUCUUUCUUUAUUUCUUCUUAAACGUUCGUUCCUUCCAAAUAAGGGAAAAAAUAAAAAGAUAAAAUUCUUUCGAAUCGAUCCACCGUCGAGAAAUCUCUCCAAACUCUCUCUCUCUCUCUCUCUCUCUCUCUCUCUCUCUCUCUCUCUCUUCCGCAAGGAAGAGGAAAAUGCGAUGGAUCUGAACGUGUGCUCGCGUCGGGUCCACGACGGGUACGCGACCAUAAGGUCGAGGGGCCGCGCCAGACCCCGCGCCCUGUACAGAUCCGACUCCGAGGAACUUUUGAAAGAAGGUGGCGGCCCCUACGCCCUCCCCCGACUCUCCAACUUCCCCCUGGCCCCGACCGACCCCCGCCAACCUGCCAGAUGGUCCGAUUUCGCCAACGACUGCUACCUGAUCGAGAAUUACGCCACGUUGCGGGGAGGUUGCGGAACUAUCGCCUCCUCCUCCUCCUCCUCCGUCGCCGCGAGAAGGAUGGUGGAGGAGCAACAGAGAAGGGUGGUGACUCUGAACACGUUCUCGAGGGGGGUGGAGGGGGGCAGGGAUGGAAAUCAUCGCUCGAGCACUCGCGCGGGAAACGACUCGCGCAUCACAUUCGACUCUUUUCGAUCGUGCAACAACAACGAUUCCUCUGAUUCCUCGGUCGACUCGCUCCUGCCUCGGCGAGCCUCGAGUGGAGGGGGCGAGAGUUUGGCGAAUGGUUGCCCGGAAUUGGAGAGGAAGGCGGGCGUGGAGGGGGCGAGAUUAGAAGCCGCGAGGAGGACGGAAGUGGAGAGGAAGGAAGGAAGAGCGAUGGGCGAGCGGGAUGGAGGGAGAAGGGAGAGGCGGCAGCAGCAGCAACAGCAGCCUAUUUACGCGGUCCCGAAUAUUUUGUCGAGGACGAGGCGCGACCGUCGAGUCGCUGUUGUGGACGGUAAUUACGUGGCGAGCGGCGAUCUCUAUCGCACCACGGCCAAGUACAUCGAGGACAUAAACAAAAACAUAGCGGAGAUCGAUAAAAGUUACGACGAGUUGAAGAAGAGCUCGUGCCCGGACGCUGUCAACAAUCCCGCGUACGGAGUGAUCAACAGUAAAAUUGUGUCUAAAGGAGAAUUGGAAGGGUCGUGCAAUCUUUACGGGUAUCCGAGGAAACGGGACAUGGCGCCCAUGCCCCCGAUAUCGUCCGAUUUCGGGGAGAGCUUGGGCGAGAAGCAGGGGGAGGAGGAGGAGGAGGAAGACGUCGAUCCGAGGAACGUGGACGAGAGAAGAGAGAUUGGCACGGUUUCGGACAAUUGUUUCGUCCUCAAAGGCAGGCCCAACUCGUCGGGCAAACUUCCGCCCAAGUUGCUCCCGAGAUCGUCCUCGAUCGAGAACAACACCUCGAGGCACUCGACGGGCUCCACCACCACCACCACCUCCUCCUCCUCCACGAAAUCGAGCGAGUCGUUGUACGCGAUCAGCGAGGCGUUGACGGCCGGCUCGUCGAAUCCCCUCGAUCUCGGGGAUAAGCAGGGACGCGAGGAGGGAUCCGACGGGAUCGAUGAGUCCAAGGACGAGUCCACGUCUUCGACCGACGACGACAGGCCGGCGAUCGCCCGUUCCGUGGAUCGUUCGCCGCCACCUGCGUCGGUCACCGGUCCGAUUCGAAGGAAUCGUUCCAGAGUCGACUGCGCGGGCGGUGGGACGAGGAGGGAGCGUGACGAUAGGACUGUGUCCGUUCUCAAGUACGAUGGUGCUCGCCGUGGGAUGAACGGGGGAAGUUUAACGGAGAAGAAUUUCCACGAUUCGAGAAAUUUUUGGGAGAGGAACAACGGUCACGCGGGGAGAAGAUACGACACUCUGCCCUCUCGAAGGUCGAGAGUCGCCUCGAGACCUCUUCACAAAUCGAGCGAAGACGUUCUCGACGGCGAACGGUUGAUCCGCGCGAGAUCGUCCUCCCUGCGCAGACCGUGCGCUAGCGACAUCGACGUCAGCCUUCGAAACGACGCCGAGACAUGUCUCUCGAUCGAUAACAAGGAUAUCGAUCGGGUAAAGUUUGAAAAUUCGUGCAACGGCUGCCCUCCCCUCCCCUUCUACUUGAUGGACGCCACGGACGUAAUACUGCACGGUCGCAAGUUUCACAGCAGGCAGCAGGAUCGUUUCUCGAGAUUGUUCCACGGUAGGACGAGGCACAAUUCGUUGGAAUCCGAGGAGGCGGAGGACAAGGAUGAGGAUAACGAGGAUAAUAAUUGCCGGCGGAACGGUUUCGCCACUUUGCCUAGAAGAGGAGGAGGGGGAAAUAUGUCGAAGGAUCAACCAUCCAACGAUCCUCUCAGACGGUUAUCCGGUAACGUGCCGAUCCUCGAGCCGCUUUACGAGCACGCAGUCAGCGAUCCGGUUAAACCGAGGAGCACCGAGAACGUGAUUCCUUGGUGGGAACUGGCCACUAGAAAGUACAGGCAUCGAAGUUGCCCCUCGUUGCAGGCUCACGUGGUGUCGGCUUUCGAGCAAUCCUUGUCCAACAUGACACAACGUUUGCAGCAACUGACCGCGACGGCCGAGAAGAAAGACUCGGAGCUUCAAGAAUUGAGAGAAACGAUCGAGAGGCUUCGAAAACAGAGCGCCGAGGCCAGUUUGAAUAAUGGAACGACAACGGGCGCGAACAAUGGCCGCCGUCACACACUCGGCGAUUCCGAUUCCGGGACAACAGGAUGCACUGGAAACAAUAACCAUCAAGGAGCGUCGAUGGCGAGACAAUUGUCCGCGGACAGUGUUACCUCGUUAAAUUCGUUGAGCAGCGCCUGCUCGGCCAGCAGUCAUCACAAGAAGAAAGGUUGGCUACGUAGCUCCUUCUCGAAGGCUUUCUCGAGAUCACGGAAAAAUAGACACGGCUCGGUGUCCGACGCCGAAGAUUGCAAGGAGAACGCCAGCGGUGACUUGAGCGCGCCGAACAGUCCCAGAUUGCCUAGCGCCUCUAAACACGAGUCUUCGCGAGGUGGUCAAAAUGGCAGAAGCAACGGACAGAAAUCGCCCGAAGUUGAAAAUCCAUUGACGGGAAGCAAAAGCAGUUCGGCUUUGUACAAGAAAGAGGACGAGGAUGUGGUCGAAUUGAAGAAACAACUCAGGGAGAAGGAUCUCGUGUUGACGGAUAUCAGACUCGAGGCUCUGUCUUCGGCGCACCAAUUGGAAUCACUGAAAGACACUGUGAUCAAAAUGAGGAACGAGAUGCUUAAUUUAAAGCAAAAUAACGAACGUCUGCAGAGACUAGUGACGUCAAAAUCCCUAACGUCCUCUCAAUCAUCGUUACCUAGCGAUCCUGAUAGACGUUUCAGCAUGACGGAGGUGGCCUCCACUGUUGCCGCACUUUCAAACGGUGAUACUAGCACGACAGCCGACCAAUUAGAAGAUUUAAAUGUACCGGAACAUUCAGUGGUACCAUCGACUACGUCGACUACAGGAGAGCCAACUUUGGAACAAGAUACGGAUGGGAAAAGAAUUAACGUCGCUAUAUACCUAGGCAGCGAGAAAAAUUUCAACUAUAAUCUCGUAACUGGAAGUACUUCGGACGGCAGUAUCGGUGAACCUCCUCAUUGUAUUAUCGCGAAUGUUUGCAUCAGUAAUAAAACUACCUGGGACUCUCUUGAUUCCACUGUAAGGCGUUGUUUCAAGGAAUAUGUUUCGAGAGUUGAUCCCGUGACAAAUUUGGGCCUAGGAGUUGAAUGCGUUGCUGCUUAUCAUCUUGGAGAAGCUUCUAGAUGCACUACAGAUUCUCAACAUCCAGAAUUGCUUCCUUGCGGCUACUUAAUCGGUCACGUAAAGACCAUUUAUUUGGUACUUUCUGGUUAUUCGUGGCUCGCUGUCGAUACUCUAAUACCACGAUCGAUUGUGCAGCGAUUAAUAUCUUUGCUAACCGAACAUCGUAGAGUCAUUUUAUGUGGGCCCAGUGGUACUGGCAAGAGUUAUUUGGCUGGAAAAUUAGCUCACGCAUUGGUGGAUGCCGAUAACGAUACGAAAGAUGCCACGGCUGUAGCCACGUUCAACGUGGAUCACAAAUCCAGCAAAGAACUUAGACAAUAUCUCGCUCAUAUCGCCGAAAGAUGUGAUUCGAAUGCAGCUGAUGAAUUACCAAGGGUGAUCAUUCUCGAAAAUUUACAACAUGCUGCAUCUCUAGGAGAAUUAUUCAGUGGCUUGCUCGGUACUAGACACUCAUCUUGUCCAGCUAUUAUUGGCACCAUGAGUCAGGCUACUUGUAGUACCACGAAUCUUCAAUUGCAUCACAAUUUUAGGUGGGUACUUUGUGCUAAUCAUAUGGAACCAGUUAAAGGAUUUUUAGGCCGCUAUCUCAGACGGAAACUGCUGGAACAUGAAUUACGCGAAUGUGGUGGAACUAGAAACGCAGAAAUGGCAGCAGUUGUCGAAUGGUUACCCCGAGUGUGGCUACAUCUUAACAAGUUCCUAGAAAGUCAUAGCAGUUCCGAUGUCACAAUAGGACCUCGACUAUUUCUAUCCUGUCCGAUGGAAGUAACAGGUUCCCAAGUAUGGUUUACGGACUUAUGGAACUAUUCUAUAGUACCAUAUCUAGUGGAAGCAGUCAGAGAAGGAUUGACACUUUACGGCAGACGCGUUAGUGGAAAUGGAAAUGGAGAUUCAUCUUGGGAAGAUCCAGCUCAAUUUAUCACUUCCAGUUAUCCUUGGAUUUCUACGCAUGCUGUUCACGGUGGUAGCGAUGCUUUGCUUCGUUUAAGACCAGAAGACGUUGGUUACGAUGUUGUUACGUCCGGACACACUUCUGGAGUUGGUGCGUCAAGUGUGAAAAGUCUUGGUAGCACGCACAGUGACACUGAAGGAGAUCCUCUACUGAAUAUGUUGAUGAGAUUACAGGAAGCAGCCAAUUAUUCGAGUCCUCAUAGCAACGACAGUGAUUCGGUUACUUCCCUUGAUUCAUCGCACACUCGACAUUCGGAAGACUUAAGUUCAUCAACAUCUUCGUCAAGAGGCGUAGAAUCGGCUCUUUAAUUAGCAAUGCUAUUGUCAUUAAGGAAAAUGAAAUACAACCUGAAUAUGAAUAUUUAUAAUAUAAUCGUACAUCAGGCCAGUUUGUAAUAUUCCAUUUUAAAAGUAACGAUUUGCGUAUGGGAGUAUAAAAAAAAUCUGAAGAAGAAAAGAAACGGAAAAGAAAUCAAAAAUAAAUUUUGGAUAUCUUUACGAUAUAAAUUUUUUCUUUUUAACAUUUUAUGACAAAAAUAUUAAACAAAAGCUAGUUAAACAGUCAAGCUAGAAACAAAGACUAAGAUAUUUUCAGCAAUGCGUGAUAGUAUGCUCUUUAUAAAAUAUGUCCUUCCAUUUGAUCUUACGUAAAGCAGCGAUGUGCAUUAAAAAAAAAAUGAAAUUAAAAACGUCAAGAAAAAUUUUUUAAUGCCUACAGCUGGCCUAUAUUUAUUCUAGUUUUUAUGUGCGCCAUGCACUUUGGUGUGAUAUGUAAUUAAAUAAGUAAGAGAUAAACAAGCGAUAUUUCUAUGUUCUUUGGAUAUAAAUGACGUAUAAAUAUGUAUACGUCAUCACGCAAUGCAAUAAUCUACGCUGCCGUUAUGGAAGUACGAGUCUAUUUUAAACAAAUACAUUUCUAUGAUUAAAUCAAGUACGAUUAAGUGUAGCUUAAUGCGACUUUACUCGAGAAAUUUGGAUGGAAUAUACAGUAUUAUUAUAGGGAGUAAAAUAAAAGGGCUUCGAACUGAGCCAAGAUUUAGGAUCGAGGAACCGUCGUUCCUUUCGUCCACUACUUUCAGGUAAAAUAGCUUAUCAUAUGCGAUACACAGAUCUCAUGGACGGACCGCUCAAUGGAGUAUUGUUUCGCCUUCAGAAAUAUAGCACAGUUCGAAGUGGGUACUGAUGAAUGUGCGUGCAAAAAUAGUCUAUUUAUACAUACUUUGCUACAAAAGUUCUAUUUAAUUAAAGAAUGUUAAUAUAAUAUAAUAUAUAUAUAUACAUACAUAUAUGUAUAUAUAUAUAUAUAUAUAAUAUAUAUAUACACAUAUACAAUCUAACGAUGGCGCUAAAUUUAUGUUACGAAUAAAAUUUAUAAUUAGCUAGUAAGAUACGUGAGUAAUUCUGGUCAUGUAACAUUGUAAAUACAAAAGAUGAAAUGAAAUGUACGAUGACGCUAGAUACAAAUUUGAUUCGAAAUCCCAUGGUAGCCUGCAAGAUCUCUUUUAAUAAAAUGACGUGUAAAGUGUAUAAAGAAAAAGGGGAAAAGAUGAAGUGCAAAGGAAUUGAAUCCUUCGUGUGCAAUUUGUCAGAUUGUAGCGCAUCAAAAUGAUAACAAAAAAAUAACAGGCUACAUGAAAUAUACAUAGUGUACAUGUUUGAUAAGCCUUGAAAUCGAUUUCAGAGUUCGAUCGAUAUCGUAAUGUCCAUGAAUACGAUGUGCAUAUAAUAAUUAUACAGUCGCAUUUACAGGUUUUUUACGUUUGUACCGUAUUUAUACGCUGUACGACGCUGCACUGGAUUCUUCAUUCAAAUAACGAUAAUUAUCGUGUCAUCAAAUAAAUUACACUAAACUUUA